GAAUCCUCCUUCGUUGCGAGAUCGCACGCUCAGCAACUCAGCACGGUGUUCACGGUGUAUUCCAACACGGCAACCGAGAUCCAAACAUGAUCCUCCGCAGGCGCCGUAGAUUUCCACGGCUCAGCAAGCCAUGGCUUAGUAGUCAGUUUUGUAGCCAACGGAAGCCAGAGCCGUUAGCCGCUAUUUAUUAGAUACAUAUCGCAGCAGACGCUCCGAUGAAGUGGCGGACCAAGGAGAGUGGGUGAUCGUCACAACCGCUGGAUCGCGCAGGGUGUCGUUUGUUCGCCGCUAAUUCCGCGCGUCCCUUUCUGCGAGCGUAAUAAUGAAUCCCGUGGCAAGUAAGAUGCUCGUGAAGUGUGUGUUCGCCGUCAUCCGUUGGAUGCAGACGGUCAACGAGUUUCUGCUAACGUCGCUUUUCUCGGUGAUUCACCGAACGCCGAAGCCACUGCCGCCGAUCACCGACGAGCUGCUGCUUCGGUCGGCCACGAGCUUGGCUGCGCAAAUUCGAACCGGACAGCUGAAGAGCGCCGUCCUGGUGGAGCGGUACAUGGCCCGCCUCCGCGCCGUGCAGCCGGUCAUCAACGCCGUCGUCGAGGACCGCUUCGAGGAGGCCAUGGACGAGGCCCGCGCGGCAGACCGCCUGGUGGCCUCCGGAGAGGUCUCCCGGGAACAGCUGGCCAGGGAGAAGCCCUUCCUGGGCGUGCCUCUCACCACCAAGGACUGCUACGCCGUCAAAGGCAUGCUCCAGGACUCCGGCCUGGUGGCCCGCGCUGGGUUCCGGGCCCCCAGGGACGCGGACGGCAUGGCGCUGAUGCGUGCUGCGGGCGCCAUCCCGCUGGCCGUGACCAACGUGCCCGAGCUGUGCAUGUGGUGGGAGUCGUACAACAACCUUCACGGACGCACGAACAACCCGUACGACGGACGACGCAUCUGCGGAGGAUCCAGCGGUGGAGAAGGCAGCCUGAUAGCGAGUGCCGGGUCGGUGAUCGGCAUCGGCACGGACAUCGGCGGCAGCAUCCGCAUACCAGCCUUCUUCAACGGCAUCUUCGGUCACAAGCCGACCACCGGGCUGGUGUCGAACAAGGGCCAGUACCCUCCGGCCAGGGACGACUCCCUGGACGCCUGCCUGGUUGCGGGCCCCAUGUGCCGCUAUGCCGAGGACCUGCCUGCCAUGCUGGCCAUUAUGGCCGGGGACAACCGCUCCCUCGUCAAGCUGGACGCAAAGGUGGACUGGUCCCAAAUCACCUUUUACUACAUGGUGGAUGACGGUGGCAGGUCCCUGUGUACUCCGGUUCACCCUGAGAUGAAGGAAGCAGUUCGAAAGGUGGUGUCGCACUUCGCGUCCGCGCACGGCUCGGCCAAGGUGGAGCUGCACCUGGAGGAGCUGCGCUACUCGGUGCAGAUCUUCAACGCCCGGCUGGCCGCAGCCACGGUGCCGUCCUUCGCGGCAGAGCUGGCCCUGCUCAAGGGCGAGGUGAGCGUGUGGUGGGAGCUGGUCCGCUGGCUGUUCCGGCGGUCGCCACACACCCUGCCGGCGCUGGCCCUGUGCCUGUUGGAGCGGCUAUCGCCCAAGAAGAGCCACCCGUCGGUGCAGCGGCAGCUGGCCCGGGGCGGCCGGCUGCGGGACCAGCUGGACCAGCUGCUGGGCUCCGGACAGGCGCUCUUCGUGUACCCGUCGCACCCGGAGCCGGCCCCGUUCCACCACCAGACGUUGUUCAAGCCCUUCAACUACGCCUACACGGCCAUCUUCAACUUCAUCGGCCUGCCGGUGACCCAGUGCCCCAUGGGGCUCGGCUCGGCCGGCACCCCGCUGGGCGUCCAGCUGGUGGCGGGACGCAUGCAGGACCACCUGGGCCUGGCCGCCGCCAGGGAGCUGGAGCGGGCCUUCGGCGGCUGGACCAGCCCCUGCCCCGUGGCGACGAGCAGCUGAGCGCCCGGCCCGCGUGGAACGUCGUCGCCCCGAACGCGCGGGCCGCUGUCCACGGCCUCCUUUCAAAAAACCAGCUAGAAUCAUCGAAGCCCGUGACCUUUACUUCCACGUGAUGAUGUCGUCGCACUCGGACGGCGCCAACUCGGCGAUCGGCCCCGGCACCGGGCGCCCUGUCCACUGCGUGGCUGUCCCUGUACCCUUGUCCAUCGUGUGUCUGCGUUCGAUCUCACUGCAACGACGUCAGACUGCUAGUGCUCGCGCUUCGAUUACUCUAAGUGGUUUCUUUCCGCGGCAGCGCCAAGAUGCGCGCUGCUGCUAGAAAGCGAAGGAAGUGGAGACGCGCGAGCACGUUCGACACCCGGAGAGCGAGGCCGCGGGCUUUCUGGGCCCAGCGCGGCGUGCGCGUCGCAGACACCAGUGCCGUAUUCGGCCGGUUUGCAAUUGGCGAGGACCCGACCGAACGCCGCCACAUCGUGUCCGCACUGCAUCCCGCGCUAACCUCUGGAAGGGGAAGUCCAGCACCGCGGCCUCGUCGUCUAGCAGGUGUGGCGGGAGCGCAUCCUUGUGCGCGCAGCGUGCACACGCUCGACGUGUUUGAGCGUGUUGAAGGAGGUCGGGCAGGUCCUCUCUUACCUACGUGGUGUUAGCCUACAGCUGGGCAGUUACUCGUUGCGAUAUAAAGGGGAGGGGGGGGGGGGAGAGUAAGCGAAGCUUCAAAUUCUAGCUUAGCCUCCCGCGUAUACCUUUCCACCGCUUAUCACACAAGUGAAAAAUUCUGAGAAACUGAUCUGUGGACGCACCCGUGCCAUCUGAUAUUUAUAGAUUCGUACUUUUUCGGGUUUUAUAUUAAAAGAAAAAAAAAGGCGAGUAAAAAUUGGGUGCUUUGUUCCAGGCUGGUAAUGGAAGAGAAAUCGGGGUUUUUAAGAAGAUAAAACGGGAUUUUCGUAUUAUAUAUAUAU